GCAUGCAGAUUGGUACUGAGAGGGAGGAGAGAAGAGAUCAGGGCAGAAGAGGAAGAAGAGACCCGGCAGAUUGCGGGGUUCAGGCGAGAGAGGCAUGACAUACGGACCGCAGAGAAACCCACCACACUGAUCCUCACAGUGCGCCUUGAGGAGAAAAACAAGCGGCGCGUCACAUCGAGAAGAUCCCUGCUGCGCGAGCACAACUGUCGCGGUGCAGAUCGAACGUCGACCACCACCCAACUAUUCUCCUCGUGCAUUUCCCGUUAGCAGUUCUCUCUGGACGGACCGGCUCAGCCUGGCUGUGUGGAGCCAUGCCACCAUGCCGUUACCGAAUCGGUGCCCUGCCAGCGCUGCUCUGUCUCUGUCUCCGUCUGAUUUGGACCGGCGUCGUGGCAGAAACACAAGCUGUGUCUGGCUGUAUGGUGAAUUUCUCCGACCCCGAGGGAUACAUAGAUUCUUCUGAUGACCCCCCCCUCCCAGAUGGAACAUUCCUACACUGUACAUACACCGUCACUGUGUACACAGGCUAUGGAGUCGAGCUACAGGUGAAGAGUGUGAAUCUGUCGAGGGGAGAGCAGCUGUCAUCAGAGGGGUGGAUGAGGGCGGGGCCUUGCUGGUUCUGGCCAAUCACACACUGUGGUGAGGGUCAGGUGAUCGAAGUCCGACCAUACCAUCUCAGUAUACUACCUGCUCUCGCCUGA